AUGGCGCCGCCGAAGAAGCCUGUGGGCCAGGUCGUGCAAGCUGAAAUUGUGCUGCAACAGUCUCUGAAGAAUUGCCUUGUUAACCUGCCCUCGUCGCUGGUCUCUGUGCUGGUCAAUGCGAACACCGUAUGCGUUGCGCAGAACGUCGUGGUCGAACUCUCCUACCGCCAGCCUCCUCCUCCCGGCGCCUCAGAGCCUAAGAAUGCCUCGCCACAGAAAUCCGUAUUCCUGGGAUGGACAGGCAUGCAGAGCAAGCGCAAGCUUGCUACUGUUGUCGGUCGCGAUGGCUUGACCGGUACAAGAGGUGGUCCCGCUGCCAGCCAGCAGGAUGUGCAGACAGUCGAGGUGGACACGACAUUUGCCCGCCUGACCGGUUUGAAUGAGGGGCAGAAGGUUGGGAUACUGCUGCACGUGGACCCGCCCCAGGCGCAUACCAUCAACAUUGAGCCAUUGACACCGGUCGACUGGGAGAUGAUCGAGCUGCAUGCUCAGUUCCUGGAGUUAAAUUUCCUCUCUCAGAUACGCGCUUUACCAAACCCGCAAGGCCAGUCCUCUCAUCCAUUGACCCUUCAUCUAUCGCCGACUACGACCGCCAACAUUACCGUGACCUCAGUGACUCCUGCACCGCCUAUAGAAUCACAGUUUGUCAAGAUCUCACCUGAUGCAGAAGUUAUCGUUGCCCCAAAAACCCGACAAAAGGCGGAACGCACGUCUUCUGGACGUGAAAGCCGGAGCGUUGGCGGGACCUCGCGGAAGAGUGGGAAGAGCACUGCGAGUACCGUCAGGCGGCGAAGCGGUCGAGACGAACAGACCAGCCGUGGCGUGGUCUUUCUUCGCGGAGUGGACCGAACCGUCGCACAAGAAUGGUUCGAUGAAGAAGAUGCAUCUGGCGCAGAAGGACUCAAGAUAUGGGUGGACAAGGAUGUUCUUCUUACCAAAGCCCUAAGGGGCGUUUCCUGGGUAUCCGUGGCGGUUGUAAAGCCAGCAGGUCUACAAGAGCCGGUCGAUAUGUCGAAAGAGCAGGAACAAGAGAAGGCUGCAGCGCGAGUAGUGGCCAGGAUCGAAACAUGGGACGACGCCCCAGACAGCCGUCACGUCGCUCUAUCGUCUGAUCUAUGUCGAGUACUUGGCUGCGCAGGCUUUGUAGGCGGUCUUGUUCGCUUAGAAGCUGCUCCAAACCAAACUGCGAAGCCUUCUUCUAUUAAACCGCAAGGCCUUGGCUCCAAAGAUAAGGAUCCGUUCGUCAAAGCAAUCAGGAUUCUACCCUUUUCUUCUGUGGGAAGCCAAGUAAACGCAUCACUACGAUUUGGUGGUGAGUCCAAGCAGGAUCAGGAAGAGGCGAUCAAGCGAGUCAGGGAAGCCUACGGGAAAAUGAAUGGGCUUCUGAAUGGCCCAGUCACUGAUGGCAUGGUGUUACCUCCUACAAGCGCCUCCGGCUUGGACUGGCAGGGCGGCAUAGUACGAUUUGAACCUCCGCAACCCUCUUCCGGCAUCUCAUGGAUAUCUUUCCCAGAAAGAAAGCCUGCUAUGGAACUUGGCGCAGAGGUUCCUACACCUUCAAGCUGGACAAGGGGCGUACAUCAAGGAGACUCACUUCCGACGACGCAGCCAACUUUGGUUGGUAUUGAUACUUUGAUUGAGCAGUUGCGAUCACACCUGACUCACAAUUCAUCUGUUCUCUUGACCGGAGGACUUGGUGCAGGCAAGACGGAAUGCGCUCAAGUUCUAGCUCACCAGCUUCGCUCUGAGUUCCUUUUCAACACUGUUUACUUCUCUUGCCGCAAGCUCGUCACUGAUGAGAUCCGUGUGUCGACGAUCAAGGAGACACUCACCCGUCUGUUCGCAUCUGCAGCUUGGGGUGCUAGAAAUGGCGGCAGUGCUGUGGUGAUUCUCGACGACCUGGACAAGCUGUGCCCGGUCGAAACCGAGCUACAAGUGGGCAACGAGAAUGGGCGAAGUCGGCACGUGAGUGAAAGCAUCGUGGCCAUCGUCCGACAGUACUGCACCUUGGAUUCUGGAGUAGUUCUGUUGGCUACAGCCCAGGGGAAAGAAUCGCUCAACAAUGUCGUUGUUGGUGGACACAUCGUGCGAGAGAUCGUCAGUCUCAAGGCUCCGAACAAGGACGGUAGACGAAAAGUACUCGAAAUGCUCGCACAUAAGGAUGAGAAACCUCAGGCGAGGUUGUCCAAUGGUGCACCCUCUUCUGGGCAUGCCUUCCCCGCCUCGCCUUCAAACAGCAGACCAAGCACCUCACAUCGCAGCCAGGCAAGUGGCUCCAGUCUUCAAUAUAACGCUGCAACAGAGGAGGACGGGUUCGUGCUAGAGCCGUCUAUCGACUUUCUGGACCUUGCUGGCCAGACCGACGGAUAUAUGCCUGGUGACCUAGUUCUGCUCACGUCACGAGCACGGAAUGAAGCGCUCAUACGCUCAGUCACAGACUCGUCCAGCACGGGCACAAUCUCGUUGACAAGGGAGGACUACACCCAAGCACUGACUGGCUUCACUCCGGCAUCUCUACGUAAUGUGACCCUACAGUCAUCUACCACGAAAUGGGAUUCGAUAGGUGGUCUCCACGACACACGGCAGAUACUGCUAGAAACACUGCAGUACCCAACAACUUACGCACCUAUCUUCGCACAAUGUCCUCUACGACUACGAUCCGGUCUUCUUCUUUACGGAUAUCCUGGUUGCGGUAAGACGCUGCUGGCAUCUGCAGUAGCAGGUGAAUGUGGACUCAACUUCAUAUCGGUCAAGGGACCGGAAAUCCUAAACAAGUACAUUGGUGCAUCCGAAAAGUCGGUUCGAGAUCUGUUCGAGCGCGCCGAAGCCGCGCGACCGUGCGUUCUCUUCUUCGACGAAUUCGACUCGAUCGCCCCUAAGCGCGGCCACGACUCUACUGGUGUCACAGAUCGCGUCGUCAACCAAUUGCUCACGCAAAUGGAUGGUGCAGAGGGUUUGAGUGGUGUAUAUGUCCUCGCCGCUACCUCACGACCGGACUUGAUUGAUCCGGCACUACUUCGCCCAGGACGUCUAGACAAGAGUCUUAUCUGUGACAUGCCAGCGUUAGAAGAACGCGUUGACAUACUAAAGGCCGUCACGCGAAAGUUGCAUCUCGCUCCCUCGCUUCUAGAAACUGGUCCUGAGGGGCAGAAUCUGCGCGAAAUUGCUCAGCGCACGGAGGGGUACUCGGGGGCAGAUCUCCAGGCCGUGGUUUACAAUGCUCAACUUGAGGCGAUUCACGACGUGUUGGGUGAUUCCGAACAGGGUGACCCCACCAAGAGCGGGGACCCAAAGAAGAAGUCAAGCUCUGAUACCGGAGGCAAGCAAGGGAAGGAAAACCGCGUACCAGAGUUCACACACUUCCGGUUCGGCGAUGCAAACACUACAUCAAAUGGCGCAAAACCUAUUCCUUCCAGCCAACUCACGGAACGCGCUCUCAUCGUACAAAAGAUCCAGACACUCCAAGCGAUGCGCAGAAAGCAAAAACACCUUCAGCACCAACAACGACCCGGUAGCAAAGACGAAGAUGAUGAGACCAAGGAGGGAGAAGACCGGAAAGAGCCCCAGAUCCAGUGGUCGCAUAUUGAGAGCUCGUUGGCCACGACGCGAAGCAGCAUCAGUGCACAGGAGCGGCGCAGACUUGAGAGCAUCUACAGGGAGUUCGUCGUCGGGCGCAACGGCGAGAUGCCAAGUGGACAGGGUGGGACCGAGAUCGGUGGCAGGUCGAGCUUAAUGUAGAGUGAAAAAACACUCUGUGUACAUAGUACCAAGAUCUUGGGGUGCGCAUAUGAACCUCAAU